AGUGCACCGUCAAUAUGGGCGACCAUGCACAGCUGGUUCACGCCAGUGUUUUCUCCGUGCUCCUCAACCUCAUGAUUGGCACCAUUUUCACCACAUCAAGCCUUAGUAGCCACAAACCCAAGGAAGAAGAAGGAGACCCACAUCAACAACAAAGAAAUCACGAAGAUAGCCCAAAACCCCAACACCUCGCCAUAUCUGCAUCAAUGUUGCAGAGGCUCAAGUCCGUGAGUUUCUACAACUACAGAUCCCAAGAACCCAACACCCAUUUUGGCAAAACCCUUGAAAUGGAAACCCUUCAUGGGUUCUUACAGCAAGGCUCCGAGCUUGGACAAGAACAAGAGGGGGAAAGCGACAAGGGAACUCCUUUCUUGACCAGAUCUCCUUCAAUGCCGGACAGGCUCAAGUCGUUCAAUCUCUACAAGUGUGUGUCCCAAGAAGCUAGCUUUUCACAGACCUAUCACAGCUCCGAGCUACCCUCGGGAGCCGAAUAACACGGAGCCCAAGCCGAGG